UAGUCAAAUUAUCUCUUCGCCACAAAUUUUUGCUUUUUGCUUUUUUUCUUUUUUUGGUUUUCUUUUUAUAUAAAACCUAAUACGCAUUUCUAUUCGACAAUACAAGGCGGCCAGGCGGGCCUUGAUAUUUCUUUUCUAAAAAUCACUUCAAAAUAUAAAAGAAAAAAAAAAAAUCUUAAUCACUUCAAAGGGAUAGAUAAAAGAGAGAAAAGAGGACCCAAAUCAAAAUUUUGUCGCUCUGUAAGUGCAAUCAGAAGUGACUGGUAGCAAUGGCUCCAAGUUCAACGGCGGCAGCAGCAGCCGCUUCUUCAAGCUCUUUAUUAAUGAGCGUACCUCAAAUCCGUUCAUGUUUGAGUCCAAGCGACAACCGUCGGGUCAACCGUCUACAACCGCCGCGUUUGCCGAGGCUCUCUACUCCUCUGGCUCAAUUCCAUCAGAAGAAUUCUCAGUCUAUCAUUUACCCUAAUAAAAGAUGGCAACAUGAAGUUGGUUAUGGAGGAUCAGGUUCUUGUAGAAAGAAGAAUAACGCAUGGGAACGACGUAGUUCGUUGCUUGGUGAAAGAGUGGCUGAAUCUUCUUUUACAAAACAAAAUAACUGUGUUUCUUGCUUUCUGAAUCACAGUCGUCGUGGAAGGCGUACUAGUGUUACAAGACGUAUACCAGGAGCUUUUGCUGACAAAUCUGCUUUUCAUUUGCCGGGUUUUGCUUCAGUGAGGGGAGUUCAUGUUCCAUGUGCAUCUGUGGGUCCAAAUGAGCCACAUGCAGCAAGCACAGCCUGUCCAGAUGGUAUUCUUGAGAGACAAGAUUCAGAUUUAUUAUAUCCUGAGCUAGUAAGAACUGGAUUAGCUGAAUUUUUAAGCACAGAACUCCCAACUCACCCAAAACUGUAUCGAGGGCAGUUAAAAAAUGGCCUCCGUUAUCUUAUAUUACCAAAUAAAGUUCCGCCAAACAGGUUUGAGGCACACAUGGAAGUUCAUGCAGGAUCAAUAGAUGAGGAAGAAGAUGAGCAAGGUAUUGCACAUAUGAUUGAACAUGUUGCUUUUCUUGGAAGCAAGAAACGUGAGAAACUUCUUGGGACAGGGGCCAGAUCUAAUGCUUACACUGAUUUUCACCAUACUGUUUUCCACAUCCAUUCACCAACUACUACUAAGGAUGGUGAUGGUGAUCUACUUCCAUCGGUUCUGGAUGCAUUGAAUGAGAUAGCUUUCCACCCAAAAUUCCUUUCUUCUCGAGUUGAGAAAGAAAGGCGAGCUAUUCUUUCAGAAUUACAGAUGAUGAACACGAUAGAAUAUCGUGUUGAUUGCCAGUUAUUGCAGCAUCUACAUUCUGAAAACAAGCUGAGCAAAAGGUUCCCCAUUGGAUUAGAAGAGCAAAUUAAGAAGUGGGAUGCAGAUAAAAUUAGGAAAUUCCAUGAGCGUUGGUAUUUCCCUGCAAAUGCGACCCUAUACAUUGUUGGUGACAUCGAUAAAAUCUCGAAGACAGUUCACCAAAUUGAAACUGUCUUUGGACAAACUGGCCUUGAUAUUGAGACAGCCUCUGCACCUGCUCCUAGUGCAUUUGGUGCAAUGGCUAGUUUUCUUGUUCCUAAACUCUCAGUUGGGCUGCCAGGAUCCCCGGAAAAGGUCUCUAGUUCCACAGAUCAAUCUAAAAGCUUGAGAAGGGAAAGACAUGCAGUUCGCCCACCUGUGCAGCAUAAUUGGUCACUCCCAGGAAGCAAUGAUUGUAUGAAGCCGCCACAGAUAUUUCAGCAUGAGUUGCUCCAACAUUUCUCAUAUAAUAUGUUCUGCAAGAUUCCAGUGAACAAGGUCCGAACAUAUGGUGACUUGCGUAAUGUUUUGAUGAAGAGAAUAUUUCUAUCUGCAUUGCAUUUUCGCAUUAAUACUCGAUACAAGAGUUCAAAUCCUCCGUUCACCUCAAUUGAAUUGGAUCAUAGUGAUUCUGGAAGGGAAGGAUGCACUGUGACAACCCUUACAGUAACUGCAGAGCCCAAGAAUUGGCAGAGUGCAAUUAAAGUUGCUGUUCAAGAGGUUCGAAGACUUAAAGAAUUUGGUGUUACAAAGGGUGAACUGACUCGCUACAUGGAUGCACUUCUAAAAGAUAGUGAACAUCUUGCAGCUAUGAUUGAUAAUGUGUCCUCUGUUGAUAAUUUGGAGUUUAUUAUGGAGAGUGAUGCUUUGGGCCAUAUUGUGAUGGAUCAAAGACAGGGCCAUGAGAGUUUGGUUGCUGUUGCUGGGACAGUCACUCUUGAAGAGGUCAAUUCUAUUGGUGCAAAGGUAUUGGAGUUUAUCUCAGACUUUGGAAGACCCACUGCACCACUUCCUGCAGCAAUUGUUGCAUGUGUCCCAAAUAAAGUGCAUAUUGAUGGAGUGGGAGAAGCCGAGUUUAAGAUUUCCCCAAGUGAGAUUACAACUGCCAUAAAAUCAGGAUUGGAGGAACCAAUUGAGGCCGAACCAGAGCUCGAAGUGCCAAAGGAAUUGAUAUCUACAUCGCAAUUAGAAGAGUUAAGGUUACAACGCAGACCAUCCUUUGUCCCCUUGCUUCCAGAAGUGAAUAUCUUGAAAUCGCAUGACCAGGAAACAGGAAUCACUCAAUGUCGUCUUUCAAAUGGAAUUGCUGUAAAUUAUAAGAUUUCGAGAAGUGAAUCCCGGGGAGGCGUAAUGCGGCUUAUAGUUGGUGGAGGGCGAGCAGCUGAAACUACCGAGUCAAAAGGAGCUGUUAUUGUGGGUGUUCGAACACUCAGUGAGGGAGGUCGUGUGGGUAACUUUUCAAGGGAGCAGGUGGAACUGUUCUGCGUGAAUCACCUGAUAAAUUGCUCUUUGGAGUCUACUGAGGAAUUCAUUUGUAUGGAAUUUCGUUUUACUCUAAGAGACAAUGGGAUGCGCGCAGCAUUUGAGUUACUUCAUAUGGUGCUUGAGCAUAGCGUCUGGCUGGAUGAUGCUUUUGAUAGAGCAAGGCAGUUAUAUUUAUCAUACUAUCGGUCCAUUCCCAAAAGCUUGGAACGUGCUACUGCCCACAAACUCAUGACAGCAAUGUUGAAUGGAGAUGAGCGAUUUGUUGAGCCAACGCCACAAUCAUUAGAAAACUUAACAUUGAAAUCAGUAAAGGAUGCAGUGAUGAAUCAAUUUGUAGGUGAUAACAUGGAGGUAAGUAUUGUUGGGGACUUCUCAGAGGAGGAGAUUGAGUCUUGCAUUAUUGAUUACCUGGGCACAGUUAGAGAAACAAGAGGUUCUGUUGGAGCAGCAAAAUUUGUGCCAAUCUUGUUUCGACCAUCAUCUGAUUUGCAGUCUCAACAAGUAUUCUUAAAGGAUACGGAUGAGAGAGCCUGUGCAUACAUUGCUGGUCCUGCACCAAAUCGUUGGGGUUUCACAGUUGAUGGAAAAGAUCUGUUUGAGUCUAUCAGUGACAUUGCAGUUGUACCAGAUGCACAAUCAAAGUCUGAGCAACCAUUGAUGGGCAGGAAGGAUGUUCAAGAAGAUUGGCAAAGAAAACUUCGCAGUCAUCCGCUUUUCUUUGGCAUAACAAUGGGGUUGCUUGCUGAGAUCAUAAAUUCAAGACUUUUCACCACAGUCAGAGAUUCGCUUGGAUUGACAUAUGAUGUAUCAUUUGAGUUAAGCCUGUUUGACAGGCUUAAUCUUGGAUGGUAUGUGAUAUCUGUGACAUCAACUCCAAGCAAGGUAUAUAAAGCUGUUGAUGCAUGCAAGAGUGUUUUAAGAGGGUUGUAUAGCAACAAGAUUGCCCCAAGGGAGUUGGACAGGGCAAAGCGGACCCUUUUGAUGAGGCAUGAAGCUGAGGUUAAGUCAAAUGCUUAUUGGCUUGGAUUGCUUGCUCACUUGCAAGCUUCUUCUGUUCCGAGAAAGGACAUUUCAUGCAUUAAAGAUCUCACUUCACUAUACGAAGCAGCCACUAUUGAUGACAUAUACCUUGCAUAUGAACAAUUAAAAAUAGAUGACGAUUCUUUAUAUUCAUGCAUUGGGGUUGCUGGCAGCCAGGCUGGUGAUGAGAUUACGGUUCCCUUAGAAGAGGAAGAAACAGAAAAUGGAUUUCAAGGAGUUAUACCUGUUGGGCGUGGUUUAUCUACAAUGACCAGGCCUACAACUUGAUCUUCCUGGUUAUAUCUGUGAUCAUCCUCAAUAUAAUGGCACUCAGUUUUAGAAGAAUGGUGGGGAAAACUGUGAAGGAGAGGCGUGGGAGCUGGUGCUGCUAGUUAACCUCAUUACACCAGAAAGGAUGUAUAAUCCUCUGCCAUGGAAUCAGUUCGUUGAUGUCUGCUCUGCUUUCUCAGAGAUAUGGUUAGCUCAAAACCAGAUUAAAAAUGCGUCACACGGGCAAAUAAGGUCCAUCUGCAUUGUUUACCAACUUUAAACAGUUGGAAACUUCAUACAAUCUAGUGUACAGGUUUUCUUCACCAAUUGACCACAUUAAAUUUAUAAAUCAUACAGAGGUGUCGACUAUCUGAAUUUGUAAAUCAACAAAUUUUGUGUACCAUAUGGAUUGGAGGCUAUGUAAUAGUUACCUCUUUUUAAAAAGUUUAAUGAAUAAACAAAGAUUCUGUUGCA